CAAUCGGUGGCCAAUUAGCCGGCGAUGACUCGGGCCGGGCCGGCCGCCUAUGGUGGCCAGGCCUGGGCGCCAGCUCCCGGGGCCUUGAAAAGCUGCGCGGCCCGGGCCGAGGCGCACAGGGCCCCGGUCUCCUCGCCGGCGACCUGCCCGCAGGCCGCGCCACAGCUGGCUGAGCCCGGGGCCCCUCGAUUGCGUCUGCUGAGAACCUCUCCCGCCACUGUGCCCGCACGCGGUGGCCUCGGGACGCGACGAUCUUUGAGGACAACCGCCCGACGAGCUUGAGUCGGUACCAGUGUGAGUAGAGCAAGUACCCGCGAGGUCCCUUCACUGUGUUACCACUGCCUGUGGCCCCGGUGCUCGCCUCCCCGUGACCAUUGCUUGAGUCACAUGAGCUUGGUCGUGGUAGGAGCCCGUGUGUUGUACAGCUGUAGACAGACAUGUGCAAGCAUCCAGCCGCUCAGUCGCGUGUUGGCAGGAAGAUGCGGCUCCGUCUGCUGCUCCUGUUGUUGCUGUGCGAGGCCCAGGGCCACGCGGCCCCCAGGCCCAACUUUGUCCUGCUGAUGGCCGACGACCUUGGCAUCGGAGACCCCGGGUGCUACGGGAACACGACGCUCAGAACUCCUAAUAUUGACCGGUUGGCUGCAGAAGGAGUGAAGCUCACACAGCACCUGGCAGCGUCGCCCCUGUGCACACCAAGUAGGGCAGCCUUCAUGACAGGCCGGUACCCCAUCCGAUCAGGAAUGGCCUCUCAGUCCUUCAUAGGAGUGUUUAUCUUCUCGGCCUCUUCUGGAGGACUUCCAACCAGUGAGAUUACCUUUGCCAAGCUUCUCAAGAAUCAAGGCUAUUCAACAGCUCUGAUAGGCAAGUGGCACCUUGGGACCAACUGUCACAAUAAGACAGACUUUUGCCACCACCCCUUGAGCCAUGGCUUUGACUAUUUCCACGGGAUCCCCGUGACCAACCUGAGGGAUUGCAAGCCCGGAGAAGGCAGCGUCUUCACCAGGGGCAUCAGGGUGCUGGUCUUCAUCCCCCUUCAGAUCAUUGCCAUCUCGCUCCUCACCCUGGUGGUGCUCAAGUGCCUGGGGCUGCUCCACGUGCCCCCUGUGGUCUUCUUCUGCCUUCUGUGUCUCGCCGCCAUGAUCCUCGGCCUUCUGCUGUGCUUCCUGCAUUACUUCCGACCCCUGAACUGCUUCCUGAUGCGGAACCAUGAGAUCACUCAGCAGCCCCUGUCCUAUGACAGCCUCACACAGAGGCUGACGGCGGACGCGGCCCAGUUCAUACGACGAAACGCUGGGACGCCCUUCCUGCUGCUGCUGUCCUACCUUCACGUGCACACGGCCCUGUUCUCGUCCCCGGACUUCGCGGGCCGCAGCCAGCACGGCGCCUACGGGGACGCUGCCGAGGAGCUGGACUGGAGCGUGGGGCAGAUCCUGAACGUCCUAGAUGAGUUGAAACUGGCUAAUAACACCCUUGUCUACUUCACCUCGGAUCAAGGAGCGCACGUAGAAGAGGUGACCACCAAAGGAGAAAUUCAUGGAGGAAGUAACGGAAUCUAUAAAGGGGGGAAAGCAAACAACUGGGAAGGAGGUAUCCGGAUCCCGGGUAUUCUUCGGUGGCCGGGAGUGAUCCAGGCUGGACUAGUGAUAGACGAGCCGACAAGCAACAUGGACAUCUUUCCUACGGUGGCCAAACUCGCGGGAUCGCCAUUGCCGGAGGACAGAAUCAUCGAUGGCCAUGACCUGAUGCCGCUACUUCAGGGGAAGACCCAACACUCGGAUCACGAGUUUCUCUUCCAUUACUGCAACUUCUACUUAAAUGCUGUGCGCUGGCAUCCUCGGAACAGCACGUCCGUCUGGAAGGCGUUCUUCUUCACGCCCAAGUUCAGCCCCGAGGGCGCCAACGGCUGCUUCUCCACGCACGUGUGCUUCUGCCACGGGCACUUCGUCAGCCGCCAUCACCCGCCGCUGCUCUUCGAUGUUGCCAAGGACCCCGGGGAGAGGAGCCCACUGUCGCCGGCGACCGAGCCCCGGUUCCGCGAGAUCCUCGCAGUGAUGCAGCAGGCGGCCGACCGCCACGCCGAGACCCUGCAGGCCGUCCCCAAUCAGUUGUCGCUGGGCAACGUUCUCUGGAAGCCGUGGCUUCAGAUGUGUUGCUCGUCCUCCGGCCUCUCCUGCCAGUGUGACCGGGAAAACCAGGCCAAGGGAGCGAGCCGCUAGCGGU